AUGGAAAAUGAAGAAGAAGCAGCUCUCUCGUCUAGCCCUAAUCCCCUAGAUGUGGAUCCAGCCCUCCAAAAGAAGCACCAAUCAAUGCUCGACCGUCUCACCGACCGUCACCAAACUCGCUUAGGCAGCUCACUCACUCGCCGAUCCGCGGAGUCCGACUCGUCCUCUUCUCCUUCCUUUGAGUCCACAUCAACCUUCCUUUCCCGCUUUUCCAACUCCAAGAGCUCCAUCGAGUCUCAACUCGCUCAAUGUCGACUCGGACUCUCCGACUCGACUCAAGUCAAACCCCAGCUCGACCAAAUCUCCUCCUCCAUUUCCGAUCUCGAGAAGCUCGUCGCCGAGAACUCGUAUUUUUUACCCUCGUACGAAGUUCGGUCCUCGCUCAAAACGAUAUCAGAUUUGAGGCAAAGUCUCGAGAUUUUGAGCUCCGAGUUAUUACCCAAGAAGAAAUUCGCUUUCAAGAACAAACCCACCAGAAAAGACCCAAUCUUCGAAUCCAAAGAGCAGGAGGAAGAGAAGAAACCUGAGAAACCGGGUUUCAGGGUUCCGCAGUCCCCUGGUUUUUGGAACAAGAAAGGCGAGAUUUUGGUGCAUAAAUUUAAGGGAUCGGAAUUGGGAGAAUUUACGAUUGCGGACCUUGAUUCCUGUGAGGUGAGGCUAACAGGUUCUGUGAGAGCGCUUUUUGUUCAUAGAUUAAGGAACUGUAGGGUUUAUACGGGCCCUGUAACGGGUUCGGUUCUAAUUGAUGGGGUUGAAGGAUGUGUUUUUAUAAUGGCGUCGCAUCAAAUUCGGAUUCACAAUGCAAAAAGGAGUGAUUUUUAUUUGAGGGUGAGGAGCCGGCCUAUAAUUGAGGACAGUUGCGGCAUGAGGUUUGCGCCAUACUGUUUGAGCUAUCAAGGGAUUGAGGACGAGCUUAGGGAGGCCAGUCUUGUUGAGGAGACGGAGAAUUGGAGCAAUGUGGAUGAUUUCCUCUGGUUGCGGGCGGUUCAGUCGCCAAAUUGGUCGGUUUUGCCGGAGGAUGAGAGAGUUGGUCUAGUUGAUAUUUCAAAUUCCGAGGAGAGUUAG